CUACGCUAACCACUGCAUAAACGAAUGCACCCACAUUUCGUUGAGAUGUGUUACCGAUAGCGGAAUCACGGUAGAAAGAGAAAGGACGAGAGGGAGAGGGGAAAAAAAAAGAAAACAGAAGCACUGUUACACAUCGGACACGCGUUGCCGCUUGGCGGGUACCCUCCCCUCUGGAGUCACCUCACGCGUACACACUGGUUGUCGUCAUCCUCGAACCGGCUGUGAAGGGACUCCGCAAUCAUGUCCGCUAGUGUCUCCUAUCAAAUAGCGAAUCUGCUGGAAAAGAUGACGUCCAGUGAUAAGGACUUCAGAUUUAUGGCAACUAAUGAUUUAAUGAGUGAACUGCAGAAAGACAGCAUCAAAUUGGAUGACGACUCCGAGCGCAAAGUUGUAAAGAUGCUUCUUAAGUUAUUAGAGGACAAGAAUGGAGAAGUGCAGAAUCUUGCUGUCAAAUGUUUGGGCCCAUUAGUCAAUAAAGUAAAGGACUACCAGGUGGAGACCAUUGUGGAUGCUCUGUGCACUAACAUGGUGUCAGACAAGGAGCAACUGCGCGAUAUUUCCAGUAUCGGCUUGAAGACUGUUAUUUCCGAGCUUCCUGUGGGUUGUAGUGCAUUAGUUGCAAACGUUUGUAGACGCGUCACAAACAAAUUAAGCAGCGCUAUUGAAAAGCAAGAAGAUGUAUCCGUACAGUUAGAAGCUCUUGACAUUGUAGCCGAUUUGUUGUCUCGGUUUGGCGCCCUGCUAGUCACAUUUCAUCCUACGAUUCUGGCUGCAUUAUUACCGCAACUCUCAUCGCCGCGACAAGCGGUUCGCAAACGCACUAUAGUAGCGCUGAGUCAUCUGUUGACAUCUAGCAACAAUUAUUUAUACAAUAAGUUGCUAGAUCAUCUUCUUGAGGGACUUCAAACUCAAACGGCAAAGAAUGUCAUACGUACCUAUAUUCAGUGCAUCGCUUCUAUCUGUCGGCAGGCAGGUCAUAGAUUCGGCGAGCAAAUAGAACGCGUAAUGCCGUUGAUCGUUCAAUACAGUAAUGAGGAUGACGAUGAAUUGAGGGAGUACUGCUUGCAAGCAUUUGAGUCUUUUGUUUAUAGAUGUCCAAAAGAAAUUACACCGCACAUAAACAAGAUUAUAGAAAUCUGUCUAAUGUACAUUACAUACGAUCCAAAUUACAAUUAUGACGAUGACGUCAACGAUUUCUCUGAUGGAGAAGGUGCAGCAAUGGAGGUAGAAGAAGAUGGAGAGGAAGAUGCGGAGGACGAAUAUUCUGAUGACGAUGAUAUGAGUUGGAAAGUUCGUAGAGCAGCUGCAAAAUGUCUGGAAGCGGUUGUAUCUAGUAGAAGAGAGUUAUUGUCAGAUCUUUAUAAAGGGGUUUCUCCUGCACUAAUUGCCAGGUUUAAAGAGAGAGAAGAAAAUGUCAAGUCAGACAUCUUCCAUGCAUAUAUCGCUUUGUUGAGGCAAACGAGACCGGCUACCGGUGUAGCGCUUGAUCCUGACGCGAUGGAAGAUGAUGAUGGGCCUGUUUCGUUGCUGCAGCAACAAGUACCAUUAAUAGUGAAGGCAGUUCAUCGUCAAAUGAAGGAAAAGAGUAUUAAAACAAGACAGGAUUGCUUCUCUCUGCUGAAGGAGCUGGUACUCGUUUUACCCGGAGCUUUAACAAAUCAUAUUCCAGCUCUGAUUCCCGGCAUACAAUAUUCCCUGGGAGAUAAGAAUUCUUCGUCGAAUAUGAAGAUCGAUACUUUAGCUUUUGUGCACACACUAUUGAUAACUCAUCAGCCCGAAGCGUUUCAUGUUCAUAUGCCCGUUCUAGCACCUCCAAUUAUAUUAGCCGUGGGAGAUCCAUUUUACAAAAUCGCCGCUGAGGCGUUGCUUGUAUUGCAGCAGCUUGUACAAGUUAUCAGACCUCAUGAUAAACCAUUCUAUCGUGGUUUUACCUCGUUGUCCAACGAAAUAUAUCAUUGCACCUUAAUGAGGUUGAAAACGGCGGAUAUCGAUCAAGAGGUGAAGGAAAGAGCUAUCGCUUGUAUGGGACAGAUACUCGCGCACUUCGGAGAUACUCUGUCGGAUAAGCUACAUAUAUGCCUACCUAUUUUUCUAGAUAGGUUACGCAACGAGAUAACAAGGCUCACCACUGUCAAAGCUCUAACUUGUAUAGCCGCGUCUCCCUUGAGAGUUGAUUUGAAACCGAUUAUGGAAGAAGCAAUACCCAUACUUGGAUCUUUUUUAAGGAAAAAUCAACGAGCUUUGAAACUCUCCUCUCUUCCUCUUCUGGAUACGUUAGUGUGCAAUUAUAGCUCAGCUCUGCAUCCCGAUUUACUUGAUAAGGUCACUACAGAGUUACCUGCAUUACUGAACGAGUCAGAUUUGCACAUCGCGCAGUUAACGCUGAAUCUUCUCACCACCAUAGCAAAGUUACAUCCGACUGCUCUAACCAGGGUUUCCGAACAUAUCUUGCCAGAAAUACUUAUCUUGGUAAAAUCGCCGCUUCUUCAAGGUGUCGCAUUAAAUUCAUUGCUUGAGUUCUUCCAAGCCUUAGUUCAAGCAAAUCUACCGGGUUUAGGAUACAGAGAUCUUCUUGGAAGGUUAAUAACUCCAGUUACAUCAUCCCCGCUUCACAAGCAAGCUUAUCACUCGCUGGCCAAGUGUGCGGCUGCACUGACAAUCACGUGGCACGAUGAGGCGCAAUGUAUCGUACAGCAAUUGCUAAAAGACGUUCAAAAUCCAUCGGACAUUCAGAACGUCGCGCAACACAUAUUCGCCUUAUUGGUUAUUGGAGAGAUAGGAAGACACGUAGAUUUAAGUGGCAUUAAUUCGUUGAAACACACAAUUCUAAACUCAUUCUCGUCUCACUCGGAAGAAGUUAAGUCCGCGGCUAGCUAUACACUGGGAAAUAUCGCGAUUGGGAAUCUUCCUGAAUACCUGCCUUUCAUACUUCAGGAAAUCGAGGCACAACCCAAGCGUCAAUAUUUGCUUCUGCAUUCGUUGAAGGAGAUUAUUACAAGUCAAUCAGCCAGUCCAUCUGGCGUGUCACACCUGCAGAAUUUUGUGCCUUCGAUCUGGAUGCUCUUGUACAGGCAUUGCGAAUGCACGGAAGAGGGUACUCGUAACGUCGUUGCCGAGUGUCUUGGUAAACUAACGUUAAUCGACCCCGCCACUUUAUUACCAAGACUGCAAGAAUCGCUCAAAUCACCGUCGGCUCUUAUGAGAACAACAACGGUUACGGCGGUUAAAUUUACCAUUUCUGAUCAGCCACAACCAAUCGACGUCAUGUUGAAGCAAUGUAUGGGUAAUUUUUUGGCAGCUUUGGAGGAUCCAGAUCUUAACGUGCGUAGGGUAGCAUUAGUCGCAUUUAAUUCCGCCGCACACAACAAACCUAUGCUGAUAAGGGAUCUCUUAGACGCGGUGCUGCCACAUCUUUAUGCAGAAACUAAGAUCAAGAAAGAACUAAUCAGAGAAGUCGAGAUGGGUCCGUUUAAGCAUACAGUAGAUGAUGGAUUAGAUCUUCGUAAGGCGGCGUUUGAGUGCAUGUAUACAUUGCUGGAUUCGUGUCUCGACAGACUAGACGUUUUUGAAUUUCUGAAUCACGUAGAGAACGGUCUUAGGGAUCAUUAUGACAUCAAGAUGCUAACUUAUCUUAUGACCGCGCGACUCGCACAAUUGUGCCCAACCGCAGUCUUACAGAGGUUGGAACGAUUAGUCGAACCACUGAAGAGUACUUGUACGAUGAAGGUAAAAGCAAACUCGGUAAAACAGGAGUAUGAGAAGCAAGAUGAAUUAAAACGCUCCGCGUUGAGAGCUGUGGCAGCAUUGUUAACUAUUCCCGAUGCAGAUAAAAAUCCAUCGUUGAGCGAAUUUGUCGGACAGAUUAAAGCCACACAGGAUCUGCUGCCGCUCUUCGAAAUAAUACAAAAGGACUGCACCGGCAAUAACAUGAAUGAAGCAAACGCAAUGGAUCAGAGCUAAGAAUAAUUGACUUAAUUCUUUUUUGUAUGUCGUAUAAAUGAACGUGGGUUAAGCGCAUUCGUGAUCAUACUCUAUCCAUAGUUUAUUUCUAUACAUUAUUUUUUCAUUAUUGUAUCUUCGAUUUGAAGGUAGUUUCUAAUAAAUGUGAGUUAAUGUAGCACAUCAUGUAUAAAUUUUAAAAUAAAUUUGUCGGCAAUAUAUAA